AUGCUCGCAAAGUCGGUUCCACGUCUAACGGGAAGAAAAUUGAGCUUCGUUGCACCACCUAUCCCCCAACAAGCAGCCGAGCAGACCACAUCGCCCCUGGCAGAUGCCGAGAGUCGUAGCAGAGCGAGGGCGAUUCUACUGGAAUCGGCCGCUGCCCUGGCCCCAAGGCACGACUGGACUAGGCAGGAGAUUUCAGCCAUCUAUUAUCAACCGCUGAUGGAGUUGGCCUACCAAGCUGCCAAUGUCCAUCGUCGCUUCCAUAAUCCCUCAGAAGUCCAGCUGUGCACGCUCAUGAACAUCAAGACCGGAGGCUGCACCGAGGAUUGCUCAUACUGCGCGCAAUCCACGCGAUACCAGAAAGGCACUGGCCUCGAGGCCAAGCGGGUUGAGAGCGUUGAAUCAGUUUUGGAAGCCGCGCGAAUCGCAAAGGCAAAUGGCAGCACCCGUUUUUGCAUGGGCGCCGCGUGGCGCGACAUGCGGGGUCGCAAGAACAGCCUUCGCAAUAUCAAGGAGAUGGUCUCGGGCGUGCGGGACAUGGGCAUGGAAGUUUGUGUGACACUGGGCAUGAUCGACGAGGCCCAGGCGAAGGAGCUCAAGGAGGCAGGUCUGACGGCGUACAACCACAACCUCGACACCAGCCGCGAGUUCUAUCCCAGCAUCAUCACGACCCGCACGUACGACGAGCGAUUGAAGACGCUAAGUCAUGUACGCGACGCCGGCAUAAAUGUAUGCUCAGGUGGGAUCUUAGGGCUUGGUGAGACGGCCGAGGACCGGAUUGGGCUCUUACACACCGUCUCGACAUUGCCGAGCCACCCUGAAAGCUUCCCCGUCAACGCGCUGGUGCCUAUCAAAGGCACGCCAUUGGGCGAUCAGAAACCGAUCGCAUUUACCAGCAUGCUACGCACCAUUGCCGCUGCGCGCAUCAUUAUGCCCGCCACCAUCAUCCGUAUCGCCGCAGGGAGGAAGACAAUGACUGAGGAGCAGCAGGCGCUUUGCUUCAUGGCUGGGGCGAACGCUAUCUUCACAGGCGAGAAAAUGUUGACGACAGAGUGCAACGGGUGGGAUGAAGACGCUGCCAUGUUUGGCCGAUGGGGCUUGGAGCCCAUGAAAAGCUUUCAGAAGUCGUCACAGCCGAUGGGCACAGUUGCUGACCAAGCAUGA